CUCCCGUGCUUUUAGAUAUUUAGGAUCUUGUUCCUGUCCUUCCCCUGCGCUAGAUUUGCGAGGCGCUGGAGGACGGGGACCUUGGCUCGCCGAUGGUAGGGCCUGACACUCAGGAAGUGUAGUAGGAAACGCCGCGGGCCCCUAAGCUAGGAAGUCGUCACAAGAGUUUUUAUUACGGAAUGUUUGGGUUUGUUUUGUUUGGGUAAUACCCAUCUUUCCGGAGCAGGAGGCCAGCUUUGCUUGGGUAUUAGGGGUCGACUGGAAUAAUUUUGUUGUAGUCUGCCUGGCCUGUUGUGACUUUAAUUCUUCAAUGACUACGCACUUGGAGAUGCUGUUUGUGGUAUGUGGAGAAACUCGUCUUUUCCCACGUACAGUUAUCAAGCCGUUUGGCAAGAAGGCUCCCUUUGUGCUCAACACUGCCUGAAUAAUCUGUUGCAAGGAGAAUAUUUUAGCCCAGUGGAAUUAUCUUCAAUUGCACAUCAGCUAGAUGAAGAAGAAAGGAUGAGAAUGGCAGAAGGAGGAGUUACUAGUGAAGAUUAUCGCACAUUUUUACAGCAGCCUUCUGGAAAUAUGGAUGACAGCGGGUUUUUCUCUAUUCAGGUUAUAAGCAAUGCCUUGAAAGUUUGGGGUUUAGAACUAAUCCUGUUCAACAGCCCAGAGUAUCAGAGGCUCAGGAUUGAUCCUAUAAAUGAAAGAUCAUUUAUAUGCAAUUAUAAAGAACACUGGUUUACAGUUAGAAAAUUAGGAAAACAGUGGUUUAACUUGAAUUCUCUCUUGACGGGUCCAGAAUUAAUAUCAGAUACAUACCUUGCACUUUUCUUGGCUCAAUUACAACAGGAAGGUUAUUCUAUAUUUGUUGUUAAGGGUGAUCUGCCAGAUUGUGAAGCUGACCAACUACUGCAGAUGAUCAGGGUCCAACAGAUGCAUCGACCAAAACUUAUUGGAGAAGAAUUAGCACAACUAAAAGAACAAAGGGUCCAUAAAACAGACCUGGAACGAGUCUUAGAGACAAAUGAUGGCUCAGGAAUGUUAGAUGAAGAUGAGGAGGAUUUGCAGAGGGCUCUGGCACUAAGUCGCCAAGAAAUUGACAUGGAAGAUGAAGAAGCAGAUCUCCGCAGAGCUAUUCAGCUAAGUAUGCAAGGUAGUUCCAGAAAUAUAUCUCAAGAUACUCCACAGACAUCAGGUACAACUCUUACUUCAGAAGAGCUGCGGAAGAGAAGAGAAGCCUACUUUGAAAAGCAGCAGCAGCAGCAGCAGCAGCAGCAGCAGCAGCAGCAGCAGCAGCAGCAGAAGAUAGAUCCACCAGGACAGAUUUCACAUCCAUGUGAAGGGCCGACCACAAGUUCAGGAGCACGCAAGAGUGAUCCAGGUGAUGCUAUGAGUGAAGAAGACAUGCUUCAGGCAGCUGUGACCAUGUCUUUAGAAACUGUUAGAAAUAAUUUGAAAACAGAAGGAAAAAAAUAAUACCUUUUAAAAAUCAUUUAGCUAUUCAUAUUUUCCAACAUUAUCCUAUGUGGUUACAACAUAGGGUACAUUUUGGUAAUGUGUCAAAUAGAUGAGGAAAUUAAGACUUUUAGGUGGUUUGCAAACAAAAUGAUGACAAAGUGGAAAAAUGUGUCAUUUGUAGGACUAAAUAGUGAUCCUUUAAAUAUUAAAUAAUGGUCCUUUCAAUACUAGCCAAAGAGGCAUUCAGCAAUUAAAGAAAUUUAAAAUAG